CUUACCAUCUAGAUCCGGUGCUCAGCCGACGUGUAUCGACCUCACCAAGUAAGUGUGGGAUUUUCUUCGAUUGCCUUUUCGGGGUACUGCUUUGUGUUGUGUAGCGAAAUGACUACUUUGUCGCCUACGAUCCUUCUUUCCUUCAGGCUGGACAGAAAUGGAGACAAAGGGCAGAGACUAGAGAAGAGGGAGGCAAACACUGCGAACGAGAGAGUAUGGGAGAGGAGGAGAUGAACCAACAAGUCUCCACUCGGGCGGUUGUAGCCUUCCUCAUUUUGCUGCUGCUGCUGCUGCUGCUCUGGUGGUGGCCGUGGUGGCUGCUGGCUCCUCUUCUCCGCCUGGGGCAAGAAGCACCGACCACCGAUCACCGAUCACUUCAUCGUCUGCUUCUCUCAUGCUUCAGUCUCGCGACCAAGGUUCUCUUCUCUUGUCUUCUCUGGUUUCUGGUUUCUGGUUUCUGGUUUCUGUUUGCCCGUUUUCCUAAUUCUUUUCGUCUUUCUUUGCUCUUCGCUCUCCAGCUGGAACCUGAAAUCGUGUCUUGCCUUCUCUUUUCUUUCCAUACUCGAUACUCGCACCGCACCCGGGGUCUCCUCCCCCACUAUUCCGCAAGGUCCCUUGAGUUUGAGUGGUGCCUUAGUCGUGGCUUGAGUCUGGCCCGCACCGGGUCCGAGAGUCACCUGACUAGCUGACCAGCCCGGCAACUCGGACCAAUCCCUCCCUCCCUCCCUCUCUCCCCUCUGCCUCUGCCUCUGCCGCUGCCGCUGCUGUUGCUGCUUUGCUGCUUCCCGACUCCUCUCUUCCCUUCCCAAACUCAUUUCCAUCCUCUGUUACCCGUCCCAUCUUUUAUCCUUUCCAUUCAUC